AUGAGAGUACUUCAAGUACUUUCCCGAAUGCCUUCCUCUAGGCUUUUCAGUUCAUCCUCGAGCGUAGCUGCUUCGAAGCAAGCUAAAAUGUCCUCUCUUCCAAAACUGCAGCGAGAAGCAUUACAUACUGACCAAGCGCCGGCCGCUGUUGGUCCCUAUUCGCAGGCAGUACGCGUCGACCGAACAAUUUACAUCUCUGGCCAAAUCCCCUUCGAUCCUGUUACCAUGAAGAAAGUGGAUGGAGACAUUCAGGCGGAGACCCACCAAGUAAUGAAGAAUCUCGAGGCAAUUCUGAAGAAUGCUGGCUGCGAUUUCUCCAACGUGAUCAAAACAACUGUUCUCGUAAAAAACAUGGACGAGUUCGCUCUCGUUAACGAAGUUUACGCCCAGUACUUCAAGCAACCGUAUCCGGCUCGGGCCUGUUUUGAGGUCGCUCGCCUCCCAAAAGACGUUAACGUUGAAAUCGAAGCCAUCGCCGUCAUUGGACCAUUCGAACAUUCUAUAGAAGAAUUUUCGGGCGAUACGAAGCGGAUUCGCCCGACAAAUCGAGAGAAAACUACUGAUAAAAAGACUCGCGGUCGUGUGAAGAUAAAGAUUGAGCUCAUCCAAGAUCGACAAAAACGAUGUACGACGUUUUCUAAACGCAAGGCUGGACUUAUGAAGAAAUCACACGAAUUAGCGACGCUGACUGGCAGUCAGGUAAUGGUACUGGUUGCUAGCGAAACUGGGCAUAUUUAUACACACGCGACUCCCAAGUUCCAACCAAUGCUAAACUCGAAGCAGGGACGAAAGCUUAUCAAAACUUGCCUUGAAAGUGACAAGGGGGAAAUGAACAUGGCAGAGAGUAUUCCAGAAGAAGCACCUGCCAUCGAAAUCAUAGAAAAUAUCGAUAAAGGGACUGAUCACGAGUCCGAUGAUUCUGUCAAUGAAGAACCAACUGAAAUUCAAAAUCGACCAAAUUUUAAAUCGAUCAAUGCUCUUGUUGGCCGGAAUAUUUCCGAUAGUGAUCAACCGGUCGCAAAUAUACCACUCGUGACCUCGCAAUUACGUCGACGGGUUGCUCAAUCAUCGAAUAUUUUCCCGCAGUCGCUUCAGAAUCCCGAGAAAGUUUGCAUCGGCCCACCUCGCCAUUUAGAGGAGUACAGAACGAUCUCGUCUGUACCUGUUUCCCUAAGGCUCAACAGAGAUAACCCCGACUCGCUAGAGUUCAGCUAUCUGCCACAGAACGACCACCAGGCACCACCUAAUCCAAUGCUUCACCGAACAAUCACAGCUCCUGCAAGCCCAAAACUCUUCAAAGCUGCGCCGUAUCUAAAUCAGAGUGAUAAUCGAUAA